AUGAAUGCCCUGCUGCAGUUUAAAGAGAAAUAUGAAAUCGCCAAUUUUUUGGAUGAUCCUCUCGCUCGUCCCAUGACUCUGUCCUGGAAAAAUAGUCAGGAUUGCUACUCUUGGGAUGGGAACGAGUGCAACAAGAACACGGGCCAUAUAAGUGUUCUUGACCUGGGAAGCCGACUGCCGGACUUAAGCAAUCCCCUUGAAGAGCUACAACUGCCACUCACGACCUUUUCUGGAGAGCUACCCGCUUCAAUCGGAAUCCUUCCUUCCUUGAGCUAUCUCGACAUAAGUAAUUGCAAAUUCUCAGGAUCCAUCCUGGCUUCACUUGCUGAUCUUAGCAAUCUCAAAUACCUCAAUGUCUCAAUAAACCCAUUCACUGCCCAAUCCAUCUCCUUUUUUUCUUGGGUUGGGAAGAAGAAGAAGCUCACAACUUUGGCACCCGAAAAGAUCAAUUUAUAUGGCAAGAUUCCACCUUCAAUCGGAAACUCGUCUCAACCUAUGGAGUUAAACUUUGCUGACAACCAAUUAAGCGGUGCCAUCCCAUCUCAGCUCAUGAACCUCACCCAGCUGACUUUUUUAGUCCUCGCAAGCAAUCGAUUAUCGGGUUCUGUUCCGUCUUGGUUUAUGAACAUGACUCGACUGGUCAUGCUUGAACUUGCAGUCAAUAAAUUCCACGGCGAGAUACCUUCAUCAAUCUCUCAACUUCAAAAUCUCAAGGUCGUCCACCUUUACGAAAGCAACUUCAGCGGUACUAUUGAGCUAGAUAACUUUUACCCGAUGCAUGCCUUAUAUACGUACACCAUAGACCUCUCUCAUAACCUGUUGAAAGGACCACCCCCGAAGCACUAUCGUCAACAAUGUCCUAUGUAUAUCCAACAACCACCUAACGGGAGCAUUGCCAGCAUGGAUUGCAAUUUGAGUUCAGCAAUCACACUAGACUUGUCUUCUAACAAUCUGACUAGUGUGCUUCCUAUUUGUUUGGGCAAUAUCAGCGAAUCACUCAUGGUAUUGAACUUGAAAGGCAACAAUUUCCACGGAAGCAUUCCAGAGCUCUCGAUGAAGGAGAUGCAAUUGACGGUGCAAUUGACAAUGCUUCAUUUCAGCAAUGACCAGUUGCAAGGCAAUUUAUCAAGGUCCUUGGCCAAUUGCAAAAAGCUUAAGUUCAUCAACUUUGCAAACGCUCUUAUCAUGGACACCUUAGAGCUUCGUAUUCUUAUUUUGUGA